AAUAAUCUAAAAUUAUUGGAGUAACUCUUACUUGUUUACAAACACAUAUUGAAGCUGUAACCUUAAAUUUUUUGUAAACAACCCGAAUUUGUCAUCGUCAAAAUGUCUUAUGCGUUUCUUUUUAAAUAUAUUAUCAUUGGUGAUACAGGAGUUGGUAAAUCUUGCUUACUUUUACAGUUUACUGAUAAAAGAUUUCAACCAGUACAUGAUCUAACAAUUGGUGUUGAGUUUGGUGCUCGUAUGAUACCUAUUGAUGGUAAACAAAUUAAAUUACAGAUAUGGGACACUGCAGGCCAAGAAGCGUUCAGGUCUAUCACUCGAUCAUAUUACAGAGGUGCUGCUGGAGCAUUAUUGGUCUAUGAUAUCACUCGUCGUGAUACUUUCAACCAUUUGACUACAUGGCUUGAAGAUGCUCGUCAACAUUCCAAUUCUAACAUGGUGAUAAUGCUUAUUGGUAAUAAAAGUGAUUUAGAAUCACGACGUGAAGUGAAAAAGGAAGAAGGUGAAAAUUUUGCUCGGGAACAUGGUCUCAUCUUUAUGGAGACUUCAGCUAAAACUGCAGCCAAUGUCGAAGAGGCUUUCAUUAACACUGCUAAAGAGAUUUACGAGAAAAUCCAAGAGGGUGUUUUUGACAUCAAUAACGAAUCUAAUGGGAUCAAAGUCGGACCUCAACAUUCACCUUCAAAUUCCAGUGUACCUUUAGGAGGCAACAGUUCUAAUUCAUCUGGAAAUUGUUGUUGAGAAACGCAGGAAUUAUAUACCUCUGAUAUAUAUAAAUAUAUAUUUGCACGCAUAUACAACACAUACAUAACAAUUGAAAAACUCACAACUCUAAAUACAUCCAUACAUACAUGAAUACAUACACACAUUACAUAUUGAAUCUUCAUAAAUCCAACUCAGAAAAUAACGAACUAAAAUCUUGGAAUGCUCACGCAACAACAACUACGUUUGCAAAGACGAAACAAGAUGAACCAGGAGAUAACAACAAGGCAGCUUGUUAAACAAUAAGAUCAUGAAUAUAUAAAUGAGAAGCUUCAUUACCCUAAAGGAUCUGUGUUGAUCGUACCAACCAAUUGAAAUGAUAACUCUUUUCUAAAGUCCAUCCCGAACUUACCUAUUUGUAACCAUGGAUCUCUUUUACCUUGAACACUUCUCCAUACUAGUCUAAUAAUCUCCUUUUCCAUUCAUCUUUCGUUUUCUCAAUGCCCUUUCAACCCAAAAAAUAAAUCAACUCAAUAUUGUGGGUAAAUUUGUCCUCUUAA